UUUAUACCCCAUCAUGUGGGUGAUGGACCUUGAGCGGAAUUUUUGGGCAGAGAAUCACAUACUGAGGAGAGAGCCGUUCGCAGUUGAGAGUGCGAACAAUGAUGAUAUUGCCAGUGAGGUUUGCAUUUUAUCCGAAACAUCUGAUGAUUUUUGCAAUCACUCGGAGUCCUUUAAGAAGUUAGUAGAGAUGGGUCUGCCUCUUGAUGAUUCUGUGGACGCAAAACUGGCAUGGCUUCGAUCUCAGAUCAUUGGUGACGACGCAGAGUUUGAUUCGCCUUUUGGAAGACGACGAAUUCUCUAUGCUGAUCAUACGGCUUCCGGUCGCAGCCUUCAUCACAGCGAAAAUUUCAUCACCCAUCAUCUCCUUCCCUUUUAUGGCAACACACAUACAUGCGACAGCUAUGUCGGAAGUCGGACGACAAAAAUGGUGCACGAAGCAACCGAUUACAUCAAGACAUGUUUAGGCGGUGGACCGGAUGACGCAAUCAUAUUUUGUGGCUCCGGCGCCACGGCAGCCAUCAAAAGGCUCCAAGAAGUGAUGGGCAUUGCUGUACCUUCGAUCCUAAGGGACAGAGUUCUGAAAACCUUGAGCCCAGAAGAAAGAUGGGUCGUCUUCGUUGGACCUCACGAGCACCAUUCCAACCUCCUCUCAUGGCGACAAAGCUUGGCCGAAGUAAUAGAGAUUGGCCUAGACGAUGAGGGCUUGCUAGAUAUGGACUCGCUAAAGGUUAAACUUGAAGCAUAUAAAAAUACCGGCCGACCCAUAUUGGGAUCUUUCUCAGCUUGUAGCAAUGUCACUGGAAUCUACUCAGACACGCGAGCAAUUGCUAGGCUUCUUCACCAGUGCAAUGGCUUCGCAUGUUUCGAUUUCGCAGCAAGUGGUCCAUACGUUGAAAUUGACAUGAGAUCGGGACAGAGUGAUGGGUAUGAUGCUGUGUUCCUCAGUGCACACAAGUUUCUGGGUGGUCCUGGUUCUCCUGGUGUACUAUUGAUGAGCAAGGCCCUUUAUCGGCUGAGAUCUUCACCGCCAUCGACCUGUGGAGGUGGAACCGUGAGCUACGUCAAUGGCUUCAAUGAAAAGGAUACAUUAUAUUGGGAGAGCAUAGAGGAAAGGGAAAAUGGAGGAACCCCUCAAAUAAUCCAGACGGUGAGAGCGGCAUUGGCGUUUUGGGUCAAAGAAUACAUAGGCUACGAGGAGAUUGAAAACCGGGAACAAUCCUUCAUAAAAAAGGCACUUGAGAGGUUUCUCCCAAAUCCAAACAUUGAAGUUCUGGGAAACUUGAGCACCAAGAGGCAAGCUAUAUUGUCAUUUCUGAUCUAUACAACCACCAAUUCUUCAUCGGUGGGUUGGAGAAAUGAAGGGAAAGAUACCAAGAAGGAAAAGGAAGGGGAGCUUAAUCUAUGGGCUGAGACUGGAAACAAAAGAGGCAAGCCUCUUAAUGGUGCUUUCGUUGCCACUCUUCUGAAUGACCUCUUUGGCAUCCAAAGUCGAGGUGGGUGUGCUUGUGCUGGGCCCUAUGGUCACACAUUGCUCAACAUCAACAAAAGUCACUCUCUCGCUAUUAGAUCAGCAGUUGAAGAGGGGUAUGUUGGAGUGAAACCCGGAUGGACUAGAGUCAGUUUUCCUUACUACAUGAGCGAAGAGGAUUUUGAGUUCAUAAUAUCAGCCAUGGAGUUUAUAGCAGACUAUGGCCAGCGAUUCCUUCCCUUGUACAGCUUCAAUUUGAGAAAUGGAAGCUGGAAACUGAAGACAGAGGAACUUGGGAAGCUUGCAAAAGAAAACAACUGCAACUUUUGUAUUCAUUUGUUGGAAAAGGAAGGGACAGCUAGAAGGAAUGCGUCUUACUUUGAAGCAGCUAUCCGUAUGGCUGAUCGGCUCCCAAAGUUCCCAGCUCAGAGUAUACUUCCGGGGAACAUAGAUCCCAGUGUCCUUCAUUUCAGGGUUUAAUUUCUUUUUAAUUUUGGCCUAUACUCCAUAAAAACUUUGUAAAUCUACAGAAAUUUGUUGGUAUUCAAUACUCUCUUUACUGGAGGAGCAUCAUCAUCCUCUGUUUCUUAAUUCUUGAAAUGAUGAGACAGGAAAUAAAAGAAUGCUCUUUCGGCCAA